AUGGAAAGACGUAGUAAUAUUACAGAAGCAAAAGAAACAAAGGCAAUAUCGCCAGAGAAGAAAACUAUUUCUUCAGAUAAAAAAAGUGGAAAAAAAGGUCGACUUAGGCCAAGGAAUUAUGACUUAGGAAAUGGUGUUUAUAGAUUUAGCCGUACACGCAUGUUCCAUAAAAAGGCCAUUUAUAAAUUCCUUGAUAAAAAGACUCCAAAAACUGUUAAACCUAAGAAACCAGUUACCAUUGAAAAAAAAAUCAGUGGUGACAAAAAUGGAGAAAAACGUAUUGUUUUAUUAAAGAAGAGACGAGCAAAUUAUCCUACUGCAGAUCCAGUCACUGUACACCAUGCUAAGAAAUGUUUCCGUGAACAUCGUCGUUAUCUGAGGCCUUCUUUGAAACCAGGAACAAUUUGUAUCUUGCUUGCUGGUGCUCAUAAAGGAAAACGUGUUGUUUUCUUAAAACAACUAAAGAGUGGUUUACUCUUAGUUACAGGUCCUUUCUUGAUUAAUGCUUGCCCACUUCGAAGAGUUAGUCAAAAUUACGUGAUCGCAACUUCUACGUGUGUUAAUAUUUCUGGUUUGAAGAUUCCAGAUCACAUUAAUGAUGAUUAUUUUAAGAGAAAGCGAGAGAAACGUGCAAAGAAGGAAGAAGGUGAUAUUUUCACUACAAAGAAGGAUGAAUACAAACCAAGUGAUCAGAGAAAAGCUGAUCAAAAGGUUGUUGAUAAAUUUGUAAUUUCUGCUAUCAAGAGAAACAAAGAGAAGAAAAUGUUAUUUACUUACCUAUCAGCAAUGUUUGGUUUGAGGAGCAGCCAAUAUCCACACAGACUAAAAUUCUAA